AUGACAGCAACCCCCCCACAAUCCCCAUACUUCCUCCUCUCCUACCCAUCCCCGCACGUCCUCCUGGUCACCAUCAACCGCGAAAAACAGCGCAACGCCAUCAACACCCGAGCACACUGGGACGCCGAGGCCAUCUUCAACUGGUUCAAUGACGAGCCUUCGCUGCGCGUCGCCAUCGUCACGGGCAAGGGCUCCAAGGCCUUUUGCGCGGGGCAGGACCUGAUUGAGCAGAGUACUAAUGCUGCUGCUGCUGACGGUAAUACCGAGGAGAAACUACCGCUUCCACCCGGCGGGUUUAUGGGCGUGAGUCGACGCAGGGGCAAGAAGCCCAUUAUCGCUGCUGUGAAUGGAUUUGCGUUGGGCGGGGGAUUUGAGAUUUGUCUGAAUUGUGACAUGGUCAUCGCCUCGCCAACAGCAACCUUCGGCCUGCCCGAAGCCCAAGUAGGCCUGUACGCAGCCGCCGGCGGUCUAGCACGCAUCGCGCGCAUUUCAGGCCUUCAAAUCGCCUCCGAAAUAGCCAUGACAACCCGCAAGCUCACGGCCGCCGAAGCAGCGCGGUACCUGCUCAUCAACAGAGUGAGCAAAACGCCCGAGUCGGUGGUUGACGAGGCCGUUGCAGUAGCGCGUAAUAUCGCCGAGAUGUCGUCCCCGGAUUCGAUUGUUGUGACUAGGCAUGGCAUUAGGGAGGCGUGGGACGGACUGGGAGGUGUGGAAGAUGCUACGGAUCGGACGCACAGGCUGUAUGCAGAAAGGUUGUUUGCCGGCGAGAAUUAUGAGAUUGGCGUGAGGGCGUUUGCAACGAAGACGAAGCCGGUGUGGGUGCCGUCGAAGUUGUGA